AUUCGACGCCAUGUCCUUGCCAUCAUUGAAUCAUCCUCCGACUAUUACUCCAGGGCGGACCCUCUCGACUCCAGUUUCCGAUCUCCCGCAGGCCGAAGUCGAUGCUAUCAUCCGCACCAAGCGCAAAGCUCGCGAGCCAAAAGCCUGUUAUCCUUGCCACACCCGCAAGGUCAAAUGUGACCGCAAUUUGCCUUGUGACGGCUGUGUGAAAAGAGACCAUGCCGACCUCUGUUCCUACGAACGCCCGUCCAAAAAACGCCAGGUUAUCCCUCCAAGUUUUAUCAAACAGGAAGGUGGCGAUGGUGGAACCACUGCGGUUGGAGUUGUGCGGACACAACCCUCCGCUGCCAUUGACCCAAACAGAGUGUCGUUGUCGAGAGACGAAUGGGAGAAUGUAUGCUCUAAGCUGAAAGAAAUGGAACAGACUAUCUCCUCGUUGCGAAUGGGCAUGGAGCGCAUCGACGUCGGCCCUCUUGCGUCUCCAGAAGUCCGGAGCGACAAUACCGCUGGUGUCCGGGACCCCCCGUCCCCGGACAGAGAAGGCAUCCACGCAUCAAAUGAAUUAGGGAAUGGGACAAUCCAUCUGGGCUCAAGAUCUGUGCUGGCUUAUAUUCUGGGUGGUUCCGGUACUUCCACAGAGGCUGCGCAGGCUCUCAGUGAGGGAGGAAUUCUUCCAAAAUUGGGCCUUGACAAUGAGCUGGUAACAUAUCCUUUUAUUGAUCUUUGGUCCUCCAACAGCUCAACAUUCGAUAUAAAUGCUGUUUGCAGUGCUUUGCCGGAUGAUGAACAGUGUUAUAGACUUUUCCGAUUCUACCGUGAUAUCGGAGGCACCAUUUAUCCUGUGAUACCAGAUAUAAACCACUUCGAAGCAAACCUAGAAAGGUUUCUGCAAAACAGAUCCAGUGGAGUUACCGCGGAUGGCAGUGAGGCAAUAGAUAAACCUUUCGGAAUGAGCAUAGCUUUCAUAGGUCUAUUAUUCGCUGUACUUGCUGCAGGCUGUCAAGCAUCAGACAUGUCAGGCAAGGAACGAGAACUGACGUCUCAGGUAUAUGUUUGUUGUUCAUACCAAUGUCUCCGUGCUAUAAACUUCGUGUCGCAGCCAAAUCUGCAGGCAAUUCAGACACUCCUCAUCAUAGGGAACGUGCUUUCCCAUAAUAUGAACCCCGGGGCUUCAUAUGUCUUACUAGGCAUGACUCUAAGGAUGGUCAUAUCCCUCGGUUUACAAGUUGAGUCUCACAAAUUCUCACCCGCUGAGAGGUAUAUUCGGAGGAAGGUUUGGUGGUCCACAGCCUGGCAAGAUAGCCACUUUUCAUUAUCCUACGAUCGACCUUCUACGAUGGCUUUCGGCCAUCCCGACAUUCCGUACCGGGCAAACUCACAACCAGGGAACAGAUCUUUCUUUGAGACCCUUUGCAGGAUAAUUGCCUUAACUCUUGAGAUUGUUCGAAGUCGUAUGCUGUCUCCCCAAUCUCAAAUGAGCUUUGCUGUCACCCGGGCAUAUCGAGAGGAAAUUAGGCGCAUUCUAGCUGACGCCGCUCCUCACUUGCGCGACCCCAAGUUUUGUACCACGCCAAAACAAAACCUCGAAAGACUUGGGUUGAAGUUACAUUCUUCCUAUAUCGCUUCGGAGCUCUGUCGACCAGCAUUAAAAGUAACAGCUGAUCCAACGGACGCAACAACUGCUGCUGUACGAAAAGAAUGCAUUCAGGCGCUCAGUAGAACUGUGGAGGCAUAUGUAGAAUUGCACGCUGCUAACCCACAGGCUUCAAGAUCUUGGAUCAGUUUACAACGAACCAUCAGUUCUGCAUUUCUUCUGGCGGUCCUAGAGGAGUCCAAACAUGAUGCCCACAUCCGCUGUCUUCUCCUACAACUUGAGCACGCGAUCGCAGAGCGGACGGCAGCGGAUGCAACCGACAAAGGACCCUCUCCUGGAGCUAGCAAAUCGGUAUCAGAAGGCUCACCCCACCUCAUUAGUGGUGUAACGAAUAUUCCCACGUCAACCCUAGAUCCAACCCAGAUUUCAACGACUUCCACAAUACCCGCGUCUGUGGCUACGGAUACGGAAACCCAAUGGCAGAAACCACUCACAAAGUCAUUACGUGCUUUACAAAAGCUGAACGCUGCUUUUAGCAUGCACAGCCGACAACAACAGGUCCAGCCUAUCGGGUCCCUACCCUCCAUGUCGUCAAGCCCUGGUGUAGGUGUGAGUAUCUCCGGGUAUGUAACGCCGUCUGGAUCUAUAGGUGGACCGUCAAUAAACGCUACAAGGGCCGGAUCAUUGCCUCCUCCGACGCCGGAAAGUUCUGGGAGCUCAGACUGGAAUCUCCCCAACCUGCUGGACCGGGCGGCCGAAUAUAUCCAUCCUCCCCUGUGGCCGUGACUGAACUAAAGGCCUCUUCCUCCCUUCCGGCUGGAACUUGGAUUCCUUCGUAUUAUGGUAAAUAUUCGAAGCAUCCUGUGCAUAUAUGAUUGUUACGGAUAUAACGGCGCUACGCAUACAUCCUAUAUAUGUAUGUAUGUAUUUAUAUAUAUUUCCUUGGCAUUGGAAUAGGGUGUUGGCAUGAAAUGCAUUUUUCGGUCACACUUUACUUAUAAGACAGGUGAGCUGUUGGCAUGGGCAAAGGCGUUGAGCUGAUAUUGUUCCUUGAGACAAGUGUGCUUUUGAGGCGAUUGUGAAAAGAUAGGAAAUUGGGGAAAAGUCAGGAGUAAAGGGGAGAUAAAUGCACCAAUAUUUUGGCUGGCUGUUUCGGAUACACUUUUUUUUGUUUAUGUUCAUAGCAA